UCUUGUUUGUUUGUCUUAGCUUUUUAAACUUGGCUUCUGUCUUUUUUUCACAUGGUUAGAAUUCAAAAAUUUUGACUCACACUAGCAGAACUAGAUAUCACGAAGGAUCUCAUCUUGCCAAAGCAUCUAUCAUCUGCAGCACCAACAAAUUUGGAUUUUGAAAUUUUUUUUUUAAAAAAGCCCAGAACCGACGCCAAUCAAAUUUUGGAAGAAUCUUGAACUAUUUAGUUAUUUAUUUAUUUAUUUUGUUGAAGAAUCUCAAAAUUGCUAAGAUUGUCAUAUUAGAUAACGGUGUGAUGAAGCAAAAGUAUCGAGACUGGGUGUGCUACACAAGUUCUUACAUUUUGAUCAAAUAGAUAUUUAUAUUUGCUUAAUUAUUUUUAUGUAAAUUUUUUGCAAAUGACUGAGUUUUUAGCUAGCGUUAGCCACGCCUUUGGAGAACAGCAAAGUUGCAAACAGGAGCAGCUUCAAAGCUUUUGAAAGCUCACCCUUUGAAAGCAGAUCCCUGAGAAAUACACAAUACUGAAGGAACGGAUUCAUGUAGGAUAUUUGCUACAUUAAUUGUAUUCAAGAGACUCCAGGCGUCAUUUUGUGAAACAAAUGUUGUUUAUAUAUGUUUGUAUAUAAAUUUAUAUAAAGAUAAAUUGUAAUGUUUAUGUGUAAGGUUGAAAGAAGAGCGGAAACAAUUUGAAAUUUAGUGGAAUGUAUUGAAGCUGGGAUCAAGGACCCUGCUUGAAAAUCCUCUGAAACUGGAAAACGAGAUUGGAAAAUAAGAUCUUGGAGGUUCUUACUGGAGUCGAACCAAAUUAGAGAAAUCCAGGGGCCAAAGAAAGAGAAAAAUAACAAAACAAGAAAAAAAAAAAAAAGGGGAUAAGCAUUAAAUUAUUUAAUUACCAUGGCAACUACAUCUGCACUGAUGUUCUUUGCUGUUGGAAUAUUUAUGGUUGGUUGGAAUGGACCCACAAAUAUAGCAGGUGCAGCUGAUUGCAAUAUUGCCACAGGAGACUGUGUCACAGAUGCACCCCAGAAAAAAGGGGCCUGCUUCGAGGCAUGCAGCAGAAUUCCAGAAGGAUGCAAAAAAAAUGUCGACAGAUUUGGCAAACAGCAGAAGUACCAAUGCCAUUGCAAGGAAUUGAAGGAAUGUGACUUUGCUAACGAUGGCACCUGUGCAGGAGAGUGCUUGGAGGGCUACAGCGGACCAAACUGUCAGCAGAGAUUAUACCACAAGUUCAUAGAAAAAGGGAACCCGACCCAUGGCCAUUUGUUUAGGGCUCAGAACAAAAAGUGCGCUGACCUCCCACUGAAAGUGCAUUUCUAUAACCUCUACCGAAUCAACACAAUAAUGUUGACCAUUGAGGAUUUGAAUGAUGAAAUUAAUGUGACAGCCGGACAAGACGACAAACUGUCCUGUGUCCUGACAUCAGACACCACACUGAAAUGCCAAGGGGACAGCUUUACGGACUCCCUCAACAUUCAAGGAACUGGAAUGUGUGUCAGGAAUAUUCAGCUCCUGGGCUGUCCUCCAGAACUCUACGGUGAGAACUGCUUACAAAAGUGUAACUGUAUGAACGGGUCGACAUGCCACCAGCUGAGAGGAGCGUGCCAGGACGGAUGCGAAACAGGGUGGCACGGGGAUGACUGCCAGUCUCCAAAUUAUGAGAAUGUUGCUAAAGGAAAGUUUGCCUUCAUAAGUAACGUGUUUUCCUAUCCAAAGACUGUCUUCAGUGAUGGAAUCUGUGAGGAAAAGUCUGUGACAAGGUUUGCUAAUCUGAGUAUUGAUGGCAUCUAUGACUCAUCCUACCAACAUGCUGCCUGUGCUUCAUCAAAGUGGAUGAAACGACCUUUCUGGUAUGUGGUCUUCGAUCAAAGUUAUCCUAUCAAUCAAAUACGGAUAUACAACACUGACACCUACAGAAGUCGACUGAAAGGUUUUGUGGUCCUGGUCGACCCCAGCGUUUGCCUUGAAAGCAGAAACGACGAACAUUUACAAGAUGUCAUCGAUGUUAAAUGUGAAAAGGUCAAAUACGCGAUCCGAGUCAUCAUCCUUCUGCCGGUCGACUGGGGACAACUGUCCUUGUGCGAGGUCGAAGUUCUGCAAUGCCUGCCUGGAUUCUAUGGUGUUCGUUGUAAAGAAUUCUGUGACUUGUGCUAUGAAAACAGAUGCGACCAGUUCUCCGGUGACUGCACUGAUGGUUGUGUGACUGGUUACAACUGGAACAAGACGACGUCCUUGUGCGAAGAAUGUGAACGUGGAACAUUUGGUCAGAACUGUUCUCGGCAGUGUAAUUGUUUCGACAACACAGAGUGUCACCAUGUCACUGGGGUAUGUCCAGAUGGAUGUCCUGAUGGCUACAAGUUACCUGAUUGUCAGGAGGAAACUGCUCCGCUAGACAUAACUCUCAUUGUUACUCUGGCUGUAUUAGGUGUGUUGUUGCUGGUCUGUGUCAUCAUCAUUUGCUGCUGGUGUUACAAGAGAGGAAAAACACGUGAAGAUAAAUCGGAAUUGACGACAUCAAGUUACGUAACAAUGAACGAGCGUGACCAUCAAAAGAACAGCUUUCAGGAGGAGAGGACAACAACAACAACAACAACAGCAAGCGAAACCCAGUGAAUGUAAUGAGGAGGUGGAGGAUGGGGACACCUUGCUUCCCCAUCUGACAAGAAACCUAUAAAGUUCAGGGUCACCUUUCCAAGACAAAUCUUCCUGAAGAUGCAUCAUUCAUUAAUGUGUGCAGCAAUUAAUUAAUUAAUUUGACCUUUCACAACAUUCGAGAAAGAACUUUUGCCAUUACUUCAACACCAUUUCAACCAAAUAUUCACCCCAGUCUGCCAACACGGUGAAACAAUGUUAUUUAACAGAGGAGAAUUCAUUAAAAACCCUUGAUAUUUUCA